AGUAAGAGACGCAUGGGACGGAUGAGAGCGAGCAGAAGGGGGAACUCCAGUGCCCGGCCCUCCCGUGCGUCCCGAAGCGGGGCGGCAGUUAAGAAAUAAAACUGUGGAAACAGAGCGAGGCAUUGCUAUGGGAACAGGAUCCCCCCCAGCGCCCGGGGCUGGGACGUUUCCGGGGACAAUGUCUCUGGAAUGCGGUCUUUGUGCUCCACUCUUUGGGACCCUGCUGAGGAUUAGAUGGUGUUUUUCUUGCGGCAACAAUAGGGGCUUUAGAGACGCAUGCUAGCGAGGGCUUGCACGGCUAGAGCCGUUCCUGCACUAUCUGCGGUGACGUACUCGAUGAACCGCGGCCCGGCGUGGACUCCGCGGCCCAGCGUCCGCAAAGAGCCAAACGCUUUUCAUUAACGAAACGGACACGUCCUGCCGCGUCCACCGCCUCCCCGUCCGUUCGGAUCGUCCCUUUGGGCUCGUCGCACCUGUGCUGGGCGACACUUCGUGACAGCAGAGCGAUGGCUCUCGCUCCCCGAGGCGCAGGCCCCAGAAGGCUCAUCUGCCCUAAGCUCCGCCUGGACAGCGAGACCAAGCGCGUUGCUCGUUCUCUGGAUCGCAGACCGAGAUGACCUUCCAGUCUAUUCCAACAUGCCUCUUCCUCAUGUUGGAUGCUCAAAGCACAGCAUCCUUUGCGGAAGAGGACAACCACACUGUCAUUGUCCUUCAGGUCGGAGCGCUCCUUCGUCCAGGCCUCCUCCUCCUCAUCCUCGUCCUCCUCCUCGUCCUCCUCCGGCCCCUACAUGGAGAACAGCCGGGGACUCUUCGGCAAGGACUUCGAAUCGUUCAUGAGGCCCAAGCAAGACGACGCAAUGACGUUCACAGGUCACACAGGUUCCCCUGGCAACAUCAAGACGUCGGGAGACAUGUACCAGUUCACGGUGGAUGUCCGAGACUUCUCUCCUGAAGAUGUGAUCGUCACAACCUCCAACAACCAGAUUGAGGUUCGGGCAGAGAAGCUGGCAGCAGAUGGAUCCGUGACAAACAGCUUCGCCCACAAGUGCCAGCUGCCGGAGGACGUGGAUCCCACAUCUGUGACGUCGUCGCUGGGAGAGGGGGGCACCCUGACAGUGAAGGCUCGAAGGCACCCACUUAAGCAUGAGCACACUCAGACCUUCCGCACCGAACUCAAGAUCUGAGAGGAGAACUUCUCACCCCCCCCCACAUUCCUUAGUUAUGUACAGUGAUCAUUUCCCUCCAUCCUGCACCAUCCUCAUCACAUCUCCUGUGCAGUCAGGCUCCUGUCUUUGCCGUACUCUGUGCAGAGCUCUUUCACUCUACGGCGUCACAUCAUCGCUGACUUUCUGCCACCUGCUCUCUGAUUCCACGUCCUCGCUCCCUGUAUAGAGAGAACAGAAGCUCAAAAACAGAAACACACAUCAUCUUAUCAGCUUGCUACAAAAAUCCUGAGCACGCAUCUUGUUACGAAAAUGUUUGUAAAUAUUUACAGCAUAAUUUAAAAAAAAAAAAAGAAAGAUUGUUUUGUAGUAAUGGCAUUCAUUGCGUUGAUCGACUUUGAAGGAACCAAAGGGAUUGCAUCACACCAGUUGCAGACCCACUAACUCUCUUAUACGUGCCUUACAAAGUAUACACAAAGCUUUAUCAUUAAAAUAAACAAUGACAUUUAAGAA